CAAACACGAACAGUACCAACUUAUCGCAUAUUAACCUGAAGUGUGCCAAUUAAUUGAAGACGUAAAUGUUAGAGGUAAAAGAGUUGGUGCCAGAAUGGUUUGGUAAUUCGGGUUGGACGGAGAGUGUCUAUGCUUCAUGUGUGAUAUGGAUUUUUACGAUGGAGACACGGAGAUAUGACAAGGAACGAAAACAGCUCGGAAAUCGAAUGACUUAAACAGAUGGACCAAAUGAAGCUCUCUGUAGAGUUCCUUCCUCUUGGAGAAACGGUGGAGUGAAGUAAUUCCAGGAAUUGAUGUGGACUGCGUGGCGGAGAUGCCUGUGAUGCAGUACAUGGUUCCAUAUAAGACUUAAUUGACAUACUUUGGAUGGACAUUCUGUAUAUAUUUGAUGGAUUUGAUGAGGAAUAUGUGAAAAUUGACAUCUUCGGCAACAGGUGAUGGAGAAUGGGUUGAUGGAAGGCAAAUGAAAUGGCAGAUAAUAUUCAUGCUUUAACUUGGGAUUUGUGUUGUGGAAAGUUAAAGACUCUUCUUUUCUUGUCAGAAUCUUCAAUAAGACACUGACACUCUAUGAUUGAUGGAUAAAAAGCUUUGUUCAUGACUUAACGUAAAGAUAUUUGCAAUGGAAAUUUGACGAUUUCUUCUAAAACUUUUUCUUCUUUUUUUUUGCCAUAUAAGAUAACAUAAUGCUGGAGGAUCAUACCAAAAUAUAACAUGUAGCCCAUUUUUUUAAGAAGAAUUUUUUCUGUGAACCAACGGUGAAACCAGUCAAGAGGAUCCAUAUAUUUCACACAUGGAAAAAGCCCUUUUUUGUGUGUCCAAUUAUCGUGUAAAUUCCAACCAAAAUUGGAUUUGUGCUUAUGACUCGCAAAUUGCCGUGUCUAAUUUAUCAUCGAUUAAUGGCAGUGUGUUUUUCUCAAGAAGAGGAAUUGUGUGGUUUCUAAAGCACUUGAGUGGUAAAAUUGGACGCUGGUGAAAAUUCAGUGCCGUUUCUAAUGGAAGUAAUGAGAAUUUACCAUUUUAAGCGCCAUGGUGGGAUUACCAUGCAUCUGAUGCUGUCUCUGUGGAAGGAUGCUCAUUGUGUGGCAUCUGUUUCAGUUCCGGAUUUCGGCUGGUUCUUUUCAGUAAGCCGCGUAAAGCUUGACGGUUUAGACGCUUAGAAAUUUUUUAAUUUGUAAAUCAUUCCUCAGUAGCACUGCUUAAGAACUACAGUAUUUUGGUGAAAUUUCCAAAGUGGAAUCCAUAUUUACCAUAUAACACGUGUUGGGAGUAAACUGACAAUGAUGUCAUGACCUUUGGAAGGUGUUAUUGAACAACACACGUAGAAUGAUGCUGAAAAUACAGACCCGGUUCAUUCUGCUGUGAAAGUUUGCUGUGCGCAUUGACGGACACGAAAGCUCCCCUCCUUAUGGGAAUCAGGAUUCACUGACCGUGCUAAGGCACGAGUCUAUCUUCAGGGAGUCAGCUCGUCGAUUCUCACCUUUAAUAGAGAAGAUUGAUUUCACACCAGCAUGCAGGAUGGGAGACUCCUGCCGCAUUGAUUCGCGAUGUUGUCAUAUCUUGGCACAGUGAUAAGGAAACAAGGGUCGUUGUCCAGAGCAUUUCUUCGUUGAUGUGAGCUUCAAAGAACUUUUUGCUGAGGUAGAUGGCAACUCGUCAGUGGUGACUGUGAACCGCUUUCACGUCUUACAGCGUUCCAGUUUCAGUGAUGGGCAUGGAUUUUGUUUCAUGGCUGAGCGAGGGGUUUGAGAUCUGAAAAGUGGAGUUUAAAUUGACUUAACAGGAUGAUGCGACUACUGCAGGUGGUGCAACAAGGUGACCCCGAAAGAUCUCGCCAUGUGAAGGACCUCGAGGUCAGUAAUCAGGACCUUCAACAGGAGGUCCAUGAGCUAGAGAAGGCAGUACAGAGAACCAAGCAUUUGGAUGCAGACCUGAAACAGAAAACAGAACAAUGUGAUAUUUUAAAAGCUAGCAUAGAAAAACAGAGAGAGCAUAAUCAAGAAUUGGAAACAGACCUCAAGACUUCAGAGGCCAGAAAUACUCAACUGACGUUUGAAGCAGCCGACCUUCACAGCAGAUUAAAAGACUACGACAAGGGGAGAGAACUCUAUCUGGUCAACGAGGAAUGCAGUACUCUACGUCUUACACUCGCGGAAGUCCAGCAGGAGCGGGAGGUAGCCAAGGAGGACGUCUCCACUUUGCAGUACAAAGUCGAUAGCUUGGAGAUACUAGUCAGGGAUCUCCAGCAAUCCUCAGAGCAGCUUCACCAGUUGGACAAUGACUAUCAGGAAGCACUCCGAAAACUUGAGCACAAACAGAUCGAGAUUGACCGGCUGCAUGAGUCACAGGAAGAGGCAAAAAUAGAACACGAGACAGCAGUGAGGGAGCUCCAGAUAAGAAUACAGGAUCUUGAGCAGCAGUGCCAAGUGCAUCAGCACCGACAAGCAGACCUGAAGUCAGAACUAACAGCAAUUAAAACAGAAGCUCUCCACCACAGAGCUUUAACCACUUCCACACAAAUACAGACCGAGAAACCACAACAUAUAUCUACUGGUACUGAUGCUCUCCCCUUGUUGCCUAGCAACAGUUAUAAUCGAAGAUCUUCCUCCAAUCAAAAUGGUCACCCAGUAGAGGAUCCUGUGGUUCCCUCCCAUUUCUCCCUCAGUGAGACAUCUGUUGGUUAUAUUCCAACCUCCGAAUCCAGCAAGUCUCUUGACACAGGUUUCGCAGAGGAGGAAUUGGAUGAUGAUCUCAGUAGCAACAAUAAGUCCUCCCCAAACAAAAGCGAUUGUGAGGACCCUGAACUGAAUGAAAUCUCCAAAAAACUUAAAGAACUUGCUGCCUCAGAUUCGGAUGAUGACAAUCAAAAAUCUCUAGAAGAAAAAGAAGAUUCGGGAAUGGAAAGCAACCGGGGUUCAAAGAAUCAAAAUGAAAUUGCUCUUAGUGAAAGUCGCAUGUCCUCACUGGCGAGGAAAGGCCCUAUUCAAGUCUACUGUGCUAAAUAUUCCUAUCGGCCAUAUGAACACUCACCCAAUGACAAUCCUGAUGCGGAGCUACCACUCAACGCUGGAGACUACGUCCUGGUGCUGGGGGAGAUGGAUGAGGAUGGGUUUUUUGAGGGUGAGCUAGUCGAUGGACGACGGGGACUAGUUCCCUCAAACUUCAUCGAGAAGGUGGCAGAAGAAGAUCUGUCGGACUUCCAUGCUGCAAUGGCUGUAGCUGGUCACCCCACUGAUGAUAGUAACGCCUCCAAUAUUCACCAGGAGUUAGAGUUUAACAGUAGCGAUGAGAUUGAUAAGCUACGUUCUGAUCUUACAGAAGAUGGGCGACGUCGCCUUGAUGCCCAUGGUGAUCUCAGAAGUAUGGACCAAGUAGACGAAUCAAGUAAUCCAGGUAACAAAGUGAUUCCAUUUCCACGGAACCUGUCCAUUGAUCGUCAACUGAGCAGUAGUGUCCUGCUGAGCUGGAAACCACCGGAGCAUACGUCUGGCCUGGAGGUCUCAUCAUAUCAUAUCUUCAUUGACAAAGAAUUCAAAACAUCAGUGAGAGUCAGCGAGAGAACAAAGGCGCUAGUGGAAGGUGUUGAUUCAAGAGAUAUUCAUCGGAUCUCGGUGCGAUGUGUGUCUAACAAAGGCCAGUCAGCAGACGCACAUUGUACAGUCCUAGUUGGCAAAGAUGCCACCCCAACACCCUCUGAGUUGAAAGUGUUUGACAUCACUGCCAACUCUGCAACCGUUUCCUGGUUGCCUGGCAACAGCAACUACCAGCAUUCCAUAGCUGUGAAUGGGAAGGAAGUCCGCGUCGUCAAACCCAGUGUUUGCAGACACACUCUUACAGGGCUGGCCCCUAAUGCAGUACACAAGGUGACGGUACAAGCCAAGAGUCUGACGGCCACAUACGAGGAUGAGAAGAAUCAAAAGAGGAAAGAGAUGCUAUCUGCCAGCAUUGAGUUCAAAACAGUUGCUGGAGGGCUUCCGGACCCACCCCUCAAUGUUCAAGUGGAGGCAGGUCCCCAGGAAGGCACCCUGCUCCUAACAUGGCUGCCGGUUACCAUCAACACUUCCGGCUUCUCUAACGGUGCUGUUGUCAUGGGAUACGUUGUGUAUGCCGAUGGUCACAAGGCUAAGGAAGCCAAGGGACCAACAAAUGACCACAUUGUGCUUGGUGCUGAAGAUUUCAAGGGCUUUAUACCAAAACAGCUGACAGUCCGAACUUUGACCGUUGAUCGGAAAGAGUCUGCAGAUUCCAGUGUUGUUCGCCUUCCUCAUAAUUUAAUCAAAGAAGUCACCGCGAGGGCUGCCAAAAAUGUCGCCAGUGAAGUGAUGUCAAGGUCAUCCCAUACGCACAGGAGCUCCAAGUCCCCAACAGGAAAUAGUGAGAAUGCUGGGAAUGAUACUGAUGAGGAGAUUGAGGCUGCGUUUCGGGAAGCGCAGGAAGCUGGCGAGCAGCUGUCAAUGAGUCCAGAAAAUUCAAAUUACGCGGACCCGUACAUUGAAAGUAGCAGCUCUGAGCUCUCUGAUAUUCCUGAAGUGGAAGAGGAUUUGAUUGGUGCAGAGGAGACCAAUCAGAACGCAGAUGUCUCAGGACAUUCCCUCUCAUUGGUUGCUCCCUAUGCUCAAGCAACCAAUCAGGUGGACGAGAGAAAAUCUCCGAAGCCAGCACCAAGGAAGGUUGGAAUUGUUGGAUCAUCGCCAAACAGUGAUCCCUCGUUUCAGAGGGAGGAUCCCCCUGGGAGCGAUAAAGUGUUGCCCGCACAGCGGAAAAUACCGGCUAUAGAAAUCACCCGUGAUAGCAGUACGGAAAGGGGAACAUCAUUUGAAGAUGAUUCUGAAAAUAUUCCAAAGCGGAGCUCCUCGUUUGAUCCAUCGGAGAAGUCUGAGACUUCUCGGAACACUCCGCCUGUGGUGUCAAGGAGGAGGGCGUCUCCAGGUCAGAACUUCAAUGUUGAUGCCGACAAAAAGGAUUUCCACGAUCGCAAAAUGACCACACCUACUUCUGCUGACUUUGACAGAUCACGUGAUCAUGGGUCACCGAGAGGUCAAACUCCGAUCAAGUCAAGGCGAAUAAGUCCACAAAGUCCCAGCUUCAGAGAAAACAGGAGUACGCCCAAUGAAAAUGGCCAUGGCCAUGACCUUGACUUUGAUGAGAAUGGAGAUGUGGACUCAAUUUCAGGGGAGAUAAAUCCUCCGGUGGAUGACAACACGAUACGACUGUUUAUUGCUUUGUUUGAUUAUGAUCCCCAUGUGAUGUCACCAAAUAUGGAUGGUGCUGAUGAAGAACUACCCUUCCGUGAAGGUCAAAUAAUUAAGAUAUAUGGUGAGAAGGAUGCAGAUGGGUUCUAUCGGGGCGAGUGCAAUGGCCACUUGGGUUAUGUCCCUUGCAACAUGGUGUCUGAAAUCCACAUAGAUGAUCCUGAACUCAUUGACCAGCUGCUCAAGGAAAGUCAAGGAAAUCCAGUCAACAAGUCGCAGUUGCCUCAAGACAAAGAUUAUCAUCCGAAGUUAAUGACCUCAACUCAUCGGACACUUAACGGCAUUCCCCGAUCCUGCCAGACGAAGUCGGCAGGAGGAUGAUCGCUGUGUAUGACUACGACCCUCAGGAGUUGUCACCUAAUGUGGAUUCAGAGCUCGAACUGACCUUCAAAGCUGGAGACAUCAUAACCGUCUACGGUGAAAUGGACGAGGAUGGGUUCUUUCGGGGUGAAAUGAACAACCGUCGUGGAUUUGUGCCGUCCAACUUCUUGCAAGAGGCCACAGGACCACUCUCGGAUGAUGAAGCCCUGGAAAGCGCCAGCAUGGUGUCACCGUCUAGGUCAGGCGAGAGUAUUAGCGCGCUGUCUCGGAACUCAGACGGAAUCGCAAAUACACCCCGUGUGGACCCCCCAUCACCCCGGAGCGAACAUCUGAAAUUGGAUCAGGUGAUAUCCCAGAGUCCUCGUGUUUCCCAAUCCAACCAACUUCAAUCCGAAGAAGACAAACGCAA